AGUGCGCAUGCUCAACCCGGGAGGGCUUAACGUCGCUACCCACACAACUUUGGAGGCGGCAAUUUAUUAGGAAGUUCACUCGCUUUAUAGCUGGUUCGCUUAUUUUUAUUUUUUUUGUUUGAAUUUAUCUUUCAAACCAUCGGAAUAAUCUGUGGGAAUAAUUAGUAAUGCUCCUCAACACAUUGAUGUGACCGCUUUCCCUCGCUGAUUGUGGCUGGUGAUGGCUUUGUAGCCUCUCUGGGUUUGAUAAGUCCUUGAGAAGUGGCGAGCACACACAACUUAUCAUGGGCCCGCUCGCAACUCCAAAAAAAGGAAGAGAAACACGGUCUGUUGAUCCAUGGACGCCAACAUCCAACCUCAAAAUGCUCAUCAGCGCUGCCAGUCCGGAUAUCAGGAACCGUGAGAAGGAGCUAUGUCCUGAUUCAACUCAGGACGUUGGAGACGGAGAUGAGUCUGAGAGAUUGAUCAGCAGAAAGGAAAAAAGUCUUGGUUUGCUCUGUCACAAGUUCCUCGCCCGCUACCCGGAUUGUCCUGACCCGACUCACAACAUUGACAUCUGCCUGGAUGACGUGGCCACGGAACUGAAUGUGGAACGUCGGCGCAUUUACGAUAUCAUGAACGUGCUGGAGAGCUUGCACAUGGUGAGCCGCUCGGCAAAGAACCGCUACAUUUGGCACGGGCGGACCAACCUGGCCCAGACGCUGGCUAUCCUGAAGCGGGUGGGCGAGGAGCAGAAGUACGGCCAGCAGAUGCAACAGAUCCGACAGCGCUUCCUGGAUACGGAGUUUGAUUUCGACAUGGAGGAGAAGGAGAACAAAGAGGCGGCGGACUCGGAAAGUAGCGAGCACGGGCAGAAGGAGCUCUUCUUUGUCGAGCUUCCGGGGGUUGAGUUCAAAGCAGCGUCUGUCAACAGUCGAAAGGACAAAUCUCUGAGGGUAAUGAGCCAGAAGUUUGUCAUGCUCUUCCUGGUCUCGAGUCCUCCUGUGGUCAGCCUGGAUGUGGCUGCUAAAAUCUUGAUCGGAGAGGACCAGGUUGCAGACCAGGACAAGAACAAAUUCAAGACUAAAGUGAGACGACUUUAUGACAUCGCUAAUGUGCUGCGGAGCCUGAAGCUUAUUGAAAAAGUCCAUGUAACAGAAGAAAGAGGGAGGAAACCGGCAUUUGAAUGGGUCGGCCCAAGCGACCUCCCAAAAGUGAAAGCUAUGGUGAGUUCCACUCCCACAUGUCCAUCCAACAAGACAAAAGUGCUGGAGUCCCGCUCUACUGUAGACAACUGUGCCAAAAACCUCUUUUCGUCGCCCGGCACUAAGCGAAGCUUCACGCGACACCCGUCUCUAAUGAAGCUGGCCAAGAGCAUUCAGGAUGACCGGCGCAAGAUUAGCUCGGCGCCCAGUAGUCCCGCGAAGAGUGCCUUCAGUGACAACGACUUCCCGAGCAAAAUGGCCCAGCUUGCUGCUAUUUGUAAAAUUGAACUUGACCAGGAGUCUGUAACCGGAGGCAAAGAUUCAAAGGCAGUUCCUGCUGAGACCAAAACAAUGCUUGUGAGGCUCCAACAGACCACUUCCAGCUCAGGGGAACCAGAACCGCCUCAGGCAUCGAGCUUAAAUCCAAUGGAGGAUAUUCACAGCACCCCGCUGGCAUCCCAGCCCUCGGGCGGUGUAGCAUACAUCCCUGCACAAUGCUCGCCCUUCAUCCCCGUCAUUUUACCUCAGCAGCAGGGGGGCGGAGCCUACCCCGUCUAUUUGCACCCGGCUUCUCUCAGGCCCAACCCUCUGACCAGACCACAUCCGACGAGCUACGCCGUACGCUCGAUGACUUUCGAAGAGAAGACCGGGCGGAGCCCGACCGGCCCGUUAGGUACCAAGAACCAGUCCACCUUAAAAGUGUUGGACGGGAGUCCUCUUUUGGUCAAACGAGCGUGUUCAGAUUCAGCUGCAGAGAGCAGUCCUCCUAAAGCCAAGCGACUCAACUCUAACCUCAAGGAGCCUUCCCCAAAUCAGUGCGACAUCCUUCAGGCUCGCCCCAAGAGCCGCCGCAGCUUUCAGCUCUCCAGCCGGCCCUCGCAGCGCGCCCUCCACCUGGAUCCGGAGUUCAUCAACACCCCCGGCGGCUGCGCCCAGGCGGCUCAGACGCUGGAGCAGAGUUUGGAGACCUUCUUGGAAAAGGACGACAAAGCGGCGACCUCUGACAGCGAGGCGGGUUUGACGCCCGUCAGAGCCGUCCCGCUCACACCUGGACGACCUAACGCCGAGACUUUCGUGCCAACAGGUUAUCUGAUCCCGCUCGCCCAGUCGGUAGUCGGCUACAAGGACAGUCAAGGCUCAGCAGGAGACGGCAACAAAGCUUCUUCUCCUGCUUAUGUUUUCCAAACACCUACUGCAGGUUCCAGACCACCGGUCCAGGAAGUGACUCCGACCGGCCUCCGCCUUCACACUGCCGCCGCCAUCUCGCCGCACUCGGCCCAGCAACCCCGUCGCCUCCACAGCCCGAGCCCCGCUAUCAUCAACUUCACCCUGCAGAACCUCGGCCUCAUAUCCAACCCCAGCCCGGGGAGCCCCUUCUCCUCGCUGCACACUCCCGAGCGCUGCAGCCCUCUGGCUCUGCAGCAGAGAGGGAUGGUUUUCAUCAAACCUUUGUCACCUGGGACCGUGCAGCAGGCCCAGCACUCCAUGGCCUUAUUCAGCGUUCAACAGCCUCUACUGACCACCCCCAAAGGACCGGGGCUCCCCCAGCACAGUUAUUUCCACACACCUGUCCCCGUCUCCCCUCUGGCGGCGGCAGCUGUCCCCCCCGGCGGACAACCGGCCACUAAAACUGUUUACAUCCCUCAAAGGAAACUAGACGUCAGUACUGAAGAGGCGUUUUGAUGUUGAAUGUGUGUUCUGGUGAAGGUUUGUGUGUGUGUGUUUUUGUGUGUGUGUGUGUGUGUGUGUUUUACCAAGCAUUUUCCUUAAUCCUCUCCUUUCAAUAUUUGACAGUAUUCAUUACCUCUGAAUAUUUUACAGCAAACUGUAAAAUGUCGAUGAGAUUUUAAAGCCAUCCAGCAGAUUGUCGUUCCAGUAAGCAAACCGUUUUCUUCUCAGUCGUUUUAUUGUUGUUAUUUUUAUUACUAUUUUUUCGUAAUCAAUUCUUAACAAUUUCAGAAAUUGUUAAGUGUAGAACAGUUCCUGAUUAAGAUGCGUUUUGACUGGAAGUUGAUUGAUCUAUUAAUAUAAAGUCGUGAGAAGACAUUUGCACAUAUGUACAUGUUUAACUUUUUUUUUUAAAAGAGUCAAAUUUCUGCUGCAUUCUAUGUGAUGUUAAUCAAACCUUUUUGACUGGGCUUAAUUUAAAAAGAAAUCGCCUUAAUUUUUUUGAUAUCCUGCUUUAUGUGAAAUGCUAAAUAACUUUUAAAAAAAUAUUGUCAAAAAAACACAAAACAUCUGUGUCUUUUUUUGUCGUCUGCGUUUUCGUUAAAAGCGUUAAAAGAUCUCUCAUAAACGAAGGUGCGGUGGUUGUCAACCUUUUUUUUCACCGAGCACCACCUCGGAAAACUUUUGGCUCUUCAAAUACCACAAUAAUGACCAACAUUAAAAUAAACUAGCGUAGUAGGCCUAAGUAUUCAUUAAAAAUACGUGUUUUUUUUAACAUUACACAAAGUUUAAACCAGGGGUAUCAAACUCAAAUACAGAGUGGGCCAAAAUGUAAAACUGACCAAAGUCGCGGGCCAAGGUUGAACAAAUUAACCUUUUAAUAGGGAUUCAAACAAGUUUUGCAUUAAAUAUUGAACAAGCAAGGCUUAUAUGACUUUAGUGACAUGCAAAAUCAAGUUUCAAAUAAUAAUACUAACUAAAAAUCAAUGGCAUAUCAAAUAAAAUUGCAAUAAAAAAAUUAAUUUCUCUUUUCCAUUUGCAGCCUUCUGAGGUAAAUAUCAAAAUAAACUUUUUCCACAGGCUAAUAAUACAUUUGAAAAUAAAAUAACAAUGAAUGAAUCAAACAUUCAAGCCUUGAAGUAGCAAGAGAAAGUGCAUGAAUAAAACGUUAUUUAUUGCUCAGUUUGCUACGCUGAUUUUUGCUUCAACACUGAAUAUGGAACAAGCAACGCUUAUAUAACUUAAUAAUGCAAAAUCA